AUGGAACACUCCGUGUCAUUUCCAAGUGCUAGUCAUGCACCAAGUCGCAAUUCCCUUCCAGUCAUCACAAUAACCACUCAAAUCGAGGAUGACGACGUUGAAGAAGAAUGCGAAGGAAUUCAGCUUCAUCAACUUCACGCCGGACAAAAACAAUGCUGCACACUGUUUCUGUGGACCGGAAAACAUCAGAAAUGCUGUAAAGACCAUCCUUCGCACCGUCGAAAAACCGCGGAAAUUUCCAUAGUAUGGUUCUAUUUUGUGCUACUCAUGCUCUUUCUGUGUUUGUUCUUUGUGAUAUUUUUAAGUGUAAUCAAAGGUUUUUGA